ACUUAGUUGCGCACCUAGUAUUAUUACAGAGGGUUUGCAUCUCAUUCGAGACAGACCUGGCGCACACAGGUGCACCACGAGAAAGUGACCAAUCGCGCGGAUAGCCGUUGGCUAUCGCGAGGGUGGUGGUCGUGAAGAGCCAGGAGAAAGAGAACGAGGAGAAAGGGCUAUGAAGAGAACGAUUGGGGGGGCUUGUCAGACGACUGCACGGUCGUAAAAAGCUAAUACAGAUGCCGCCGGGCGGUGAACGUACACGUGCGAUAGUUUUUUUUCCACGACCGUGCGCGGCCGUAAUGUCCAAGAAGUUGUCGAAGAGAGAAGCCCUUGAUAACAUCUCCACCUGGAACACAGAAGAGGUGCUGUGUCUGCUGCGCAAGAAUGGAUUGGAGGAGUAUUGUAAGGCGGUGGCAAAACGGCAGAUUGAUGGAGACGAGUUUCUCCACUUGACGGAUGGGAAGCUGGCUCUCUGGAAGAGUGACCUCACGCGUCCAUUGAUAGGUAAAUUAUUGGCAUUUGUGCAAAAGUUGAAAAACUUUCCGGAGAACUAUGUGUCGCACAAGACAGAAAUGCCACAGAACGAUGAUCAUUUAAGUGACAGCGGUUCCUGGGGGACCGACUUUGAGGAUGAGACGACCGAGGAGAGCCACUCCUUGGAAAAUACGUCGGAAGUCAUAAAACCGAGUAUGAUCAAGCAGGCGUCUCUGUGGGACAACAGGAAAGCGAUUAGUAAAAUUCCGUCGAAGAAAACAAUAAAACCGGAGGUGGAAGAGACUUACGCCAAUUUCGGAUCCUACCAGGAUGAGUCCUGUCAGGAUGAACCCUGCCAGGAGAAUACGUACGCGAAUUUCGAGGAGGCGAAGCCACCGUUGACGAGAAACGUUUCGAAACUGCACGACGAGACGACAAAGAAAAGUCUAGCCGAGAUGCUGAAUGAAGAGUUGCGGCAACGCAAAAAAGAUCAGCCGAAUAAUAAGCCAACUAUCGGCCCGAAACCGGAAGUGCUGCCGCCGAAAAAAAUACCGAUAGCAGCCACCGAUAAGAAACUCGCACAGAAAUCUUUUCUACACAAUGCGCCAAAAAUACACUCACGCGUUUCUGUGGAGCAAAACAAAACACAAAGAAGGAUGGCCGUGCCGCCGCCGGCGGAUCCCAAGAAAAACAAGAACCACACGUCCCUGGAGACUAAGAAAGGACUCGACAAAGAGUUAUUCAAAUUACCGCCGGUCACCAUAAGGAACCUCGAUUUGGUCGCGAAUUUGCCAGCGCGAACGGAGGAGAGCGAAGACGAGUACGAGACGUUCGAUGAAAACGUCGUCGAGCAGCAGAAGGAGAUUUCGCGGGUCGACAGCAAGCUGUCGUUGCACAACAGUCGUCAAGGAUCAGUCGAGAGUGUUUACAAAGCGCCGUCCAGCGCCGCCAGUUACGACGAUGAGCAAGAGGACUACGAGAUUUACGAGGCUAUUAAGGAAGUGGAGACGGAGGAUAACGACUACUUGACGCCCAUUCAAAGGACAAACGACACGAAUCAAGGACCGCCUCCUUUGCCUACCAGCAAACCACGGUCUCUACUUCCCUCCACUUUUCCCAACAGAACCAGGCCAGAAAAACUCAAAGAGCGAUCGCCAGAUAAGAAAUCUGCCACUUUACCUCAUUCUGGCAGUAACAAUUCACCGUCAAACGAGAGAGCCACGCGACCGCUGCCACCACCGCCCGAUAGACAAUCAUACACGGACAAGCCGUGGUAUCAUACUGUUACGAGAGAACAAGGGAUUACUCUUAUCAGAGAACAAGGUACUUACAAUAACUCGCAGGAUGGAUAUUUUCUCGUGAGGCCAUCAACAACGAAACCUAACAAUCCUUUUACUUUAGUCCUCUGGUACAGAGAUAAGGUUUAUAACAUUUCAGUUAGGAAGAGGAACGACAAUAGAUACGCUUUGGGCUCUCCAAAGGUCGACGAGAAAAAUUUCUCGUCGAUUGAAGAGAUGGUGGCGUUUCACAAAAAUGAAGAACUAAUACUCCACAGCGAUGGUAUACAGACUGGAAGUACGAGAUUGACUGACUCUCCGCCAAAGUGAUUAUAGUUCAUUACAAUCGUAGGCGCGAAGGAAGAAUUUCGUUGAUGACAUCGCCGCAUAUGAGAUCGUGCGCGAUGUAUAAACACUGCCAAGCAAAGAUUCUUGCUUGAAGCAGAACUAAAACAUUAAUAGGCUAAUGAGGAAAUAUUAAACGGUGCUUUCGUAUUUCUGAAACAAUAUGCGUCCAGCAAGAAUAUUUGCUACAUUAUUAUUAAGCUGAUGACAAGCUGUUCCAGUUUGAUCUGUUUGUCUACUAUGCGUGCCUUUGAAGAAAAUGACUUAAUUAAGUUCCACUAUUGAGCAACGGGUCUGUUAUAGAAAACAUACUAUAUAUAUCUUUUUAAUAUAUCUCAAUCUUUUACUUAAACAUGGAAAAUGUAUAUAUAUUUAUGGCUGACAUAUUGUCUAAGAGAAUAGCUUUUAUAUCAUCGAGUUGAGAAUAUUUCUUCAAGCAGGCAUAAUAUCGUAUCGUUACUUUUAUCGUAUCAGUAUUUUUGUGUAUCAAAGUUAAUAUUUGUUCAUUUUGUUGCGACAUCAAAGUGAUCAAUCAUUCGUGCGCAUAAGCUAUCUUUAGUUCUCUCGAAGCGUCUCUAUUUCUUUCGAGAGAUCAAUGUGAUUACGUGUAUUAAGACUUUAUUAAAUUUUUCUUAGAAAAUA